UUUCUCUUUCUUCUCUGUCCCUUUUAAUCAGACAAAUUCUCCUUUUACUCACAGCCCCCCUCUUCUUCUUCAUUAUUUCUUCUCUCAGAAAAAAUCACCAGUAAAGGGUUUAAGCUUCUUCUAGGGCUUUUAUUUUGAAUUUGGGUAUUAAUUUUCUUCAGCAAAAAUGCAACAGCAGCAGCAGCCACAACCCCAAACCUUGAACUCUGCUCCUCCGUUGCCACUAAGUGCUAUCACCACCGAGCAGAUUCAAAAGUUCUUGGAUGAGAACAAAAAUUUGAUUCUUGCCAUACUGGAAAACCAGAAUCUUGGAAAACUCUCAGAGUGUGCCCAGUAUCAAGCCAUGCUUCAGAAGAAUUUGAUGUAUUUAGCUGCUAUCGCUGAUGCCCAACCACAACAAUCAGCAGCAACCUCACAGGCUCAAUCUACUCCUCAACUUGGAAACCAGAUGCAGCAAACUCAGGCUGCUCUGCAACAGCAACAGCAACAAGGUGUCGCUAUUUCCAAACUGCCUUUCCAGCUCAAUGCCCUUCCGACCCAGGAGCAGCAACAGCAAAUGCUCCAGUUUCAGCAGCAGCAACAAUUCCAAGGCCAAUAUGGUUUUGGACCUACUGCCAACAAUGCAAUGCGUCAACUUAUGCAACCUGGACUAAACAGCUCAGGAACUAUGGAUGUACGAGGAAAUAAGCAAGGCAGCUUAGAAGGUAAUCCUAGUGAUGGCCUUGGAAAAUCAGGUGGAAGACAUGUUAACGGUGAGAGGGAGUAGGCUUUUUUUUUAAAAAAAAAUCUCAAAAUUGUUAUGCACCCUGUUUUAUCGGUGUAGGUAUGUUUUAUAAGGAUGUUUUAAUCUGAGGAACGCCUAAGAUUAUGUUGUCAAAGGCCACUCAUGGCAAAGCUUUGUUAUAACUUGUAAAAUCUUGACCUAUUGGCAUCAAGUUUACCUUGCACAGGCAUGGCUUUGGUUGAAA